AUGAAGUUAUCUAACAUUGCCUUAUUAAGUGCCGCCGCUGCCACCGCUUCCGCUUAUGACCACAAAUCUGCUGCUAUUGUCGAGUUAGAAGUUUACAUGACUGAUAUCGUGAACAACAUGGACCAAUAUCUUGCUAUGCAAGCAGCUAACCCAGGUCAAGCUUUCCCAGCUGAAAUUAUGUCUGCCUACGUUCAAAUGGCUAGAGGUAACACUAUCAGUUACACUUCAUUCUUUUCCACCAUUGAUGAAAGCGAAGUCGAGUUUUUGAUGACCGGUGUAUCUUGGUAUUCUGCCAGAUUAGCUCCAUCCGUUUCUGCUGCUCUUCUUGAAGCUGGUAUUGACACCAACGAUGAAAAUGUUGCUGCUGCCACUUCUCAAGCUGCUACUGCCUCCCAAGCUGCUGCCACUUCCCAAACUGCUGCCACUUCCCAAGCUGCUGCUGCCGCAAACACUAUCAACUCUUCUAACUUAGUCAUCUCUUCUAACUUAUAUUCUAACUACAACAGUACCGUCACAGCUAAUGUUACUGAUAUUUCUACUACUUUAGCCACUAUUACGAGCUGUGAUGAUGGUAAAUGUACUGAAGAAACUACCACCGUUAAGGUUACAGACAAUGGCACCAUUUUAGAAACUGUUACUAGUUGUGGUGAAACCGGGUGCACUGCAUCUGCUAGUAUUAAAGUUCAAUCCUCUGCUACUGCUAGUACUACCCCAGUUGUUGCUGAAAACCUAAAUGGUUCUUCCAAGUUGAACUUCGGUAUGGGUGCUAUCUUAGCUGCCGCUAUCCCUAUGUUAUUAUAG